AGAGAGGCAAGCUCAGAACUCAGCCCCAGCUGGUGGGGGUUCCUUCAGCACCAUGAGGCAGAGCCCACGGCGCCCGCGGGGCCGGGAUGGCCCCGCCCCAACAUCCUGCAUCCAGGCCCAGUGCUUUGACCCGCUGGUCCGCCACUGUGUGGCCUGCAGCCUCCUCCGCACACCGGAACCCAGACACGCGGGAGGCAGCAGCUUGGCGCCUGGGACAGCACUGCAGCCACAGGAGUCAGUGGGUGUGGGCAUCGCCGAGGGGGCACUGCCCCUGCCCGGGCUGCUCUUUGGUGCCCCUGCGCUGCUGAGCUUGGUGCUGGCACUGGCCCUGGUGGCCCUGGUGACCUGGAAGCGGCGGCGGCGGCGGCCAGGAGCUCCCUUCCCCAAGGUCCAGAACCCAGCCCCAGACGAGCCCCUGGAUGAUGUCAUCAUCCCCGCCCCUGGAGCCCCAGAUGCCACGGCUGCCAACUCACUUGGACCCAGAGAGGAACCAGGCCCUGUGCCCCCUGGCCACAGCAUCCCAGUGCCUGCCACAGAGCUGGGCUCCACCGAGCUGGUGACCACCAAAACGGCCGGUCCAGAACAGCAGUAGCACCUGGAGGGCCCCUGCAAGCGGACCCCAGCCCUUC